AAAAGCACCCAUCCAUCCACUCAUCCACAAUGAAAGAGCUACUUCCUUCACACUUCUCACCAUGGCUACAUGUCUCCUCCUUCCCAUUCCCUCCAAACCCCAAAACUCAAACCCAAACUCUCCCAAACACCGCCACACUAAAAUCACCACCUGCUCCUCCUCCUCCUCCUCCCUCACAGCCCAAUCCCAAUCCGCCAAGCGCCACCUCCUCUCCCUCAUCUCCGACCAAGACCGCGGCCUCAAGACCCAGCUAGACCCUCCCAAACGAGCUUCCAUCGUCGAAGCCAUCGACGCCUUGGCCGUGCUCGGCCGCGAUACAGUCACCACCGGCGGCUCCCUCUCCGCCACGUGGCGGAUGCUCUGGACCACCGAGAAGGAGCAGCUCUUCAUCGUCGAGAAUGUGCGCUUGUUCGGUACUGCCGCCGGUGACGUUUUGCAGGUCAUAGACGUCGAGAACAAGACUCUCAACAAUGUCAUUACUUUCCCUCCCCACGGCGUUUUCUUCGUUCGCUCCGUCAUCGAAAUCGCUUCGCCUCAGAGAGUGAAUUUUAGAUUUACGAGUGCGGUUUUACGUGGGGAGAAUUGGGAAUUUCCGUUGCCGCCAUUUGGGCAAGGCUGGUUUGAGACUGUGUACCUUGAUGAUGAGAUUCGAGUCGUGAAGGACAUCAGGGGAGACUAUUUGGUUGUUGACCGUGCUCCUUAUGCUUGGAAAGAAUGAAGGGCAAAAGUUAUGGUUUUGUUAUAGUUGCCAUUAUGGGAACAAAAUGUUCUCUUUAUAAGAGCAAAUGCAACUCAUGGAAAUCAACUCUCCGAACUCAUUGUUGUAAGUGUCACUCUUCUGUCAACAAAAUGGCUUGCCUCACUAUAGUCAUCAGAUUCUUGCUUUUCUAACCUAUACUUUGAAUAACAUGAAGCUGAAGUCUAUAUUAUUACAAGUUCUUUGGAACUAAGGCUGUGUUUAUAGAGAUAUGACCUAGUUCUAGUUGAAAUUUGCUGUCUUGUAAACAGGUUGGCCAUGUGCAGCUCAUUACUACUAUUUAUACUGUACUGAUGCACUUCUCAUCUAAUCAGCAUACUCUCUCUCUCCAUACACACAAUAAUGCAUACAUAUACACAUUCCUUUGUAUUUUAUAUUUCUAUUUAUGCGAGCUGGAAUUUGUUGAAACUUGUUUAAGUGGCUUUUUAUAAAGCUUUUGGGA